AUGGACGAGAUGCUGAGGGCCGGCUUCGACGUCACGGCCGAGGCAUUCCAUGCCUGCAACCUGGAGAGGGUCCGUGGUUUGAUCUCCCAGGGCCUCAUCCCGGGGGUGACAUCCUGGUGUUCCCGAUGCAAGAGGAUCACCCCUCUGGUCCCGAUGGAUUGCGAGGAUGCCGGUGUGGCCAUGGUGGAUAUCAUACGGAGGCACGAGUCCAUGGACUCGUGGCUGCAUUAA